CUAACUUCGCUGUAGUUUUUCCCGCAGUUUGGCGUCCACACGGACUGAUAUAAAAAAUAUUAUACAAAAUUUCUAUGAAUUUAGAUCAAUAGGACAUUACAAUCCCCGUGUGUUUUGUUCUGCAGUGAUGUUCUAAUGGAUGUAAUAUGUUUGUUCUGUGAUUGUUUUGUUUGAUAGCUGCCGUGGCGGUUUUGUAAACACGGGAAACGGGACCCACGUCUAUGACUUAUCAUUGGCAGUAUGGCGGAAAUAGUGUACCCGCAAGGCUGCAGGCCUAUCACCGAUGACCUAGGACCCGAUGAGCUAGUGCGGAGACUUAAGGCAUUGGCGCACACUCUCCAAGGGUUAGGCCAGGAUGAGGGCAUGUACCAGCAAUACAUCCCUCUGGCAAUCCACCUCGCCGACGAGUUCUUCCUCGCCAACCCCUCUCGCGACGUUCAGCUUCUGAUAGCAUGUUGUAUCGCGGAUGUACUGCGUGUGUACGCUCCUGAAGCGCCGUAUAAAGACCAGGAACAGGUGAAGACAAUAUUCCUGUUCCUAAUCAACCAGCUGCAAGGCCUCCGGGACCCAAAGGACCCGGCAUUCAAACGCUACUUCUACCUGCUUGAGAACCUUGCCUAUGUCAAGUCGUUUAACAUGUGCUUUGAGUUGGAAGACUGCCAGGAGAUCUUCUGCGCUCUGUUCUCGCUCAUGUUCAAGAUUGUCAACACGGAGCACUCGUCCAAAGUGAAAUCCUUCAUGCUGGACGUCCUGUGCCCGCUGAUCACAGAGUCGGACGUGGUCUCCAACGAGCUGCUGAACGUGAUCCUCAUGAACCUGGUGGAGCCGAACAAGCGUGAGAGAAAGCACGCGUACGCGCUCGCCAAGGAGCUGAUCAGCAAGACGAGCGAAACUUUAGAACCUUAUAUACAGGCGUUCUUCAACCACGUCCUAAUCCUCGGAAAAGAAGAAAAAACCCUCCUAAUCUUCUCUAAAGUAUACGAGCUUAUCUACGAACUGAACCAAUGCUGCCCCUCCAUCCUCAUCGCCGUGCUACCCCAGCUCGAAUGCAAGCUCAAAUCCGCGCAGUUCCAGGAGAGACUCAGCGCUGUCGCCCUACUUGCUAGAAUGUUCUCCGAACCCGGAUCGGGACUUGCCAAGCAGUACCCAGCCCUAUGGCGAGCUUUCCUAGGACGCUUUAAUGAUAUAGCUGUCCCGAUUCGAAUCAAAUGUGUCCAGUAUUGCAUGCACUUCUUAGUGCACCACCCAGACUUGAGAAAAGAUAUAACAGAGACAUUGAAAAUGCGACAGCAUGAUGCUCAUGAACAGGUUAGGUAUGAAGUCGUUAUGGCUAUAAUUGCAACAGCACAGAGAGAUUUCCAAGCGGUAGCCGAAUCAGAAGACCUGCUCCAUUUUGUAAGAGAAAGAACUCUGGAUAAAAAAUUCAAAAUCCGUAAAGAAGCUAUGUCAGGUUUAGCUAUGAUUUACAGAAAAUUCUUGACUGAAGAAAGCGUGCCGCCGGCUACAGAGAAGGCGGUACAAUGGAUUAAAGAUAAAAUCCUCCACGGAUAUUAUAUGACCGCUCUAGAAGACAGAUUGCUUGUUGAAAGACUGUUAAACACUUCUCUCGUUCCUUACUGGACUCUGCAAAGGAACAAAUAUACGAUUAGAAUGAAGAAGUUAUACUAUCUAAUGUCUAAUGUCGACGCUAACGCAACUAAAGCGUUUAUAGAACUUCAAAAGCAUCAGUUAGCGGUCCGUCGUACGGUCGCCGAAUGGGUAGAGCUACACAGAAAACCACCGACACCAGCGGUGCAAAAGGAAUUGAUUGCUAAAGUCUUACACAUAAGCUCCAAGUUCCUGCCGGAGUCGGUGAAGGCACAGGAGUUCUUAAAUAAGUUCUCGGCUCAUAUGAAACAGGCGCCCGAGCUGCUGCAGGGAAUGGAGAUGAUACUGAAUCCUAAUGUUAGCUGCGAAGUGUGCUUUCGUACCACGUCGAACGUGCUAAAGAAACUCGGCCAGCCCGUGAUGACAAACCUCUACUACAACACAGUAAAGAUGCUGCUGGAACGCGUCAGCUCCGUAAUGAUCGACCACGAGGCUCUGCUCAUCCUCGUCGGUUAUGUAGAGGGCGCUUGUAGGGGCUCUGACGACUCCAUCGCUGAGGAGUGCGGCACAACACAAAAAGUGGCAGCAGAGCGCGGCCUGAAGCUCCUAGUGAUGCUCUCCUUCGUGUUUCCGUCGCACUUCUUACACUCAGACGUAUUGGAACGACUCACAGCUCUUCUGGAACAUGAGGAUGAAUCUGUGGCGCCGCAUAUUCUAGCCGCGCUCACGUUCCUUGGGAAAUAUCGCCCGCUGAGCGAGGCGUGUCCAUCUCUGUUCCCGCGACUGACCUCGCUGUGCAAGGCGUACGCCGAAGUCGGCACGCCCAAACAGGCCAAGAAUGCUGUCAGAUGCCUAUUCGUGAACGUGCCGGAGCAGCGCUCUGCCAUCUUUACCGAAAUCCUGGAGACGCUGAAAGGCACGCUAACUCCACAUUCUGAGCAUUACCGCACAGCCAUAGUGACGCUCGGACACAUCGCCCACAACCUGCCGGAGACCUUCCCUCUGCACAUCAAGAACAUCGUCUCCAGAAAGAUCGUGAAGGAGCUUCUACUCGUAGUCCGCUUGGGUGGCGGCGGGCCUCGCGCGCCCGACGACGAGUGGUGCGCGUGCGCCGAGGAAGAGCUGCCGGAGGAGACCCGCUCCCGCUGCAAGCUCGAGGGGCUCAAGUGUAUCGAGGGUGGCGGCGGGCCUCGCGCGCCCGACGACGAGUGGUGCGCGUGCGCCGAGGAAGAGCUGCCGGAGGAGACCCGCUCCCGCUGCAAGCUCGAGGGGCUCAAGUGUAUCGAGGGUGGCGGCGGGCCUCGCGCGCCCGACGACGAGUGGUGCGCGUGCACCGAGGAAGAGCUGCCGGAGGAGACCCGCUCCCGCUGCAAGCUCGAGGGGCUCAAGUGUAUCGAGGGUGGCGGCGGGCCUCGCGCGCCCGACGACGAGUGGUGCGCGUGCACCGAGGAAGAGCUGCCGGAGGAGACCCGCUCCCGCUGCAAGCUCGAGGGGCUCAAGUGUAUCGAGGGUGGCGGCGGGCCUCGCGCGCCCGACGACGAGUGGUGCGCGUGCACCGAGGAAGAGCUGCCGGAGGAGACCCGCUCCCGCUGCAAGCUCGAGGGGCUCAAGUGUAUCGAGGGUGGCGGCGGGCCUCGCGCGCCCGACGACGAGUGGUGCGCGUGCACCGAGGAAGAGCUGCCGGAGGAGACCCGCUCCCGCUGCAAGCUCGAGGGGCUCAAGUGUAUCGAGGGUGGCGGCGGGCCUCGCGCGCCCGACGACGAGUGGUGCGCGUGCACCGAGGAAGAGCUGCCGGAGGAGACCCGCUCCCGCUGCAAGCUCGAGGGGCUCAAGUGUAUCGAGGGUGGCGGCGGGCCUCGCGCGCCCGACGACGAGUGGUGCGCGUGCACCGAGGAAGAGCUGCCGGAGGAGACCCGCUCCCGCUGCAAGCUCGAGGGGCUCAAGUGUAUCGAGGGUGGCGGCGGGCCUCGCGCGCCCGACGACGAGUGGUGCGCGUGCACCGAGGAAGAGCUGCCGGAGGAGACCCGCUCCCGCUGCAAGCUCGAGGGGCUCAAGUGUAUCGAGGGUGGCGGCGGGCCUCGCGCGCCCGACGAGGCGACGACGAGUGGGUGGCGGCGGGCCUCGCGCGCCCGACGAGGCGACGACGAGUGGUGCGCGUGCGCCGAGGAAGAGCUGCCGGAGGAGACCCGCUCCCGCUGCAAGCUCGAGGGGCUCAAGUGUAUCGAGGGUGGCGGCGGGCCUCGCGCGCCCGACGACGAGUGGUGCGCGUGCGCCGAGGAAGAGCUGCCGGAGGAGACCCGCUCCCGCUGCAAGCUCGAGGGGCUCAAGUGUAUCGAGGGUGGCGGCGGGCCUCGCGCGCCCGACGACGAGUGGUGCGCGUGCGCCGAGGAAGAGCUGCCGGAGGAGACCCGCUCCCGCUGCAAGCUCGAGGGGCUCAAGUGUAUCGAGGGUGGCGGCGGGCCUCGCGCGCCCGACGACGAGUGGUGCGCGUGCGCCGAGGAAGAGCUGCCGGAGGAGACCCGCUCCCGCUGCAAGCUCGAGGGGCUCAAGUGUAUCGAGGGUGGCGGCGGGCCUCGCGCGCCCGACGACGAGUGGUGCGCGUGCGCCGAGGAAGAGCUGCCGGAGGAGACCCGCUCCCGCUGCAAGCUCGAGGGGCUCAAGUGUAUCGAGGGUGGCGGCGGGCCUCGCGAGAUGACACUGCCCUACUUUUUUCCGCAAAGUCAACAAACGAGGUCUACGAGUUCGCACAACGCGGAUUUAAUGUUGUAA